AUGGCACGCAUCACUUUACAGUCGACUGCUCCUGGCAUGGACAAGCUGGCAGAAAAGCAUUGCAAAAGUCGGAGUUCUGUCGCGACAACCGUCGUGCAGCCACAGCCUGGCCGAGCCGAGAGGAAAUUUCGACAAGUCUCAACGACUAUUCAUAACUGGCGGUUAGAGCAAGUCCUGGCAGGGAACGCCAGAACCCUUGUCGUAACAACCCACAGAACUGAUUGCAACCUGCUAGACCUGUGUCCUCGCUGUCGCAAAGUUCAGACACCUGUAGGCAUUGGUCUUCGUUUCCCUCGGUUCACGUCAUUUCACGAAUGCUCCAACGGCCUUUUAUCGAAGGCGAUCCCGAACUGGAAUGAGAGCGAUGGAGCAAUGUGGAAAACUUCAUUGUAA